ACUUCUGCCUGGCAUAUUCUCCCUACAGGCCCCAGCUGUCACUGUCUCAUCCUGCUGCCAUCUACCCCAUUCAAUCCAUCAUCACAGCCUGAUCCCCUCACUACUAUAAUAACGAGAGAAAAUAUUUUAAAAUGUCAAAUCCAAAUCUCCACCCACUCUCCCAAUCUUCACUGUCUCCCACACAUCACAAAAUCCUCAAACUGGCUCUAUUUAACACCCGCUCACUCAACAACAAAGCACUCGUCUUACACGAAUUCAUAACUGACAAUAACCUGGACUUCCUCUUUAUCACUGAAACCUGGCACAAACACUUGGACUACUUCUCACUCAACCAAGCCACCCCACCUGGUUACACCUACAUCGACAAGCCCCGCCUCACUAGCCGAGGUGGUGGAGUGGCCUUAGUCCAUAAAACAGAGUUUAAAAUCAGCACUAUAUCCACCUCACCCACUGAGUCCUUUGAACAUAUCACCUUGAAAUUCCUUGGUCCCUCCCCCCUGGUUUUUGCUGUCAUUUACCGUCCCGCGAAGUUCAACCCAUCAUUUUUCUCAGACUUCUCCGAUUUUGUCACACAGCUCCCACCUAUCUCACCUUUCACUCUGCUCCUUGGCGACUUUAACUUCCAUCUCGACAACACCAACUGCAAACAUGCCUCUGAAUUUCUUGACCUUUUGGACUGCCUUAACUUCACUCAACAUGUCAACUUCCCCGCCCACACCCACGGCCACACUCUGGACUAGGUCUGUUCUACCAGUCUCACCACUGACAAACUCUCUAGCCCCAACCUCAACAUUUCCGAUCACCUGGCUAUCACUCUGGACCUCCACCUCCCUACCCCCCUUCCCAAGGAAAAGCGCACCAUAUCAUUCAGAAACCUCAAAUCCAUCUCC